UUUCAAAUAUGGAAAUUUCCUUUUAGUUGCACCAAUUACUUUCUUUUUUGGGUAAUGAGAUGGAGGAGGAAGCAAGCUUAUUAAAACUACUUUUUUUUUUAAGGAGGAAAGAGAUACAGAGAAAACAGUAAAGGCACCCAUGUGAUGUGAGAGAUACAGAGAGUUUAUUAAUCAAAAAGGAAAGUGAUAGAGCUUAAUUGAAACUUUCAAAUUUAAAAAGUGAUGCAUAAAAAAAAAAAAGUUUCACCCGUCACCGCUAUAGCCCAACUCUUUUCCCCUCACCACCCUUUUCUCUCCUCCCUAAGCUGCCAUUAAAGGGGGUAGCAAUGGCCACAAAGGUGAUAGUUUAUAGGGGUGGAGGAUUUUUCGGAUUUUCUCCAAAAAAAAAAAAAAAAAAAAAAAGUAAACAAGAAUUAAAAAAAUGACUUGUUGGACUUGGGCAAGUCAAAGGUCAUUUGACCUAAUUAAAGAUAAUACCUUAUAAAAGUCAAUUUAUGUUUAGUUAAUCAAAAUAUUGACUUUUUUUUGAGCUAAUCGAACAAAGGUUAACGUAUUCUUGACAAAAAUACCAAUAAAUAAUUUUUUGCACUUCUUUAGAGAUACUCCGUACUCGAUAAUGCUUCAUGGCAACGUCGAACAACUUGUGUAUCUCCAUGUCAACUAAACAAAAUCCACCUCGAACUCGAAAACCGGGAUACCUUUAAAAAAUAAAAAGAGUAGUUAAUUAGUUAAUUCCAAAUUUCAAAAUAACUGGCAGUCAAUCAUCUUCUACAUUCUACAUUAUGAUAUGGCUAAACUCCAACCACACACCAAUUUCAGACCACCAAUGACAACACCCAUUAGAGCUCCAACUUGGUUCUCCACUAGAAGGCAACUCGAACUCCAAGUUUCUGAACUUCACAAAUGCUCAAAUUUAUCACAUUUGAAACAAAUUCAUGCUCAAAUUUUCAAAGCUAAUCUUCAUAAUGACCCUUUUAUAGCACCUAAAUUAAUCUCUGCUUUCUCUCUCUGCCAUCAAUUAGGGUUAGCCAUUAAUGUAUUCAAUCAAGUUCGAUAUCCCAAUGUUCAUUUGUAUAAUUCUCUUAUUAGAGCUCAUACCCAGAAUUCUCAAUCUUGUCAAGCUUUCAUGACUUUUCUUGAUAUGCUUAAUAAUGGCGUUUUACCUGAUAAUUUUACAUACCCAUUUCUUCUUAAGGCUUGUAGUGGACCCUGUUCAUUGCAAUUGGUUCAAAUGGUUCAUACCCAGAUGAUAAAAUUAGGUUUUUUUGGUGAUAUUUUUGUACCCAAUUCGUUGAUUGAUAGUUACUGUAAGUGUGGGGUGAUUGGUGUUAGUUCUGCUAGGAAGUUGUUUAUGUUCAUGGAGGAUAGAGAUAUUGUUUCUUGGAAUUCAAUGAUCAGUGGGUUGGUUAAAGGGGGUGAAUUGAAAGAUGCUCGCCAACUGUUUGAUGAAAUGCCUGAGAGAGAUUCUGUGAGUUGGAAUAUCAUGUUAGAUGGGUAUGUUAAAACGAGGGACAUGGAUGCUGCGUUUAAACUGUUUGAAAGGAUGCCUGAGAGAAAUGUUGUAUCUUGGUCUACCAUGGUUUCGGGUUAUACGAAAGCAGGGGAUUUAGACAUGGCUAGGUUACUCUUUGAUAAGAUGCCUGUCAAGAAUUUGGUGUCAUGGACAAUUAUAAUUUCUGGGUAUGCUGGAAAAGGAUUCACAAAGGAGGCUAUAUCUUUGUAUAAUGAAAUGGAAAGUUUAGGAUUGAAAUUCGAUGAUGGGACCAUUAUUAGUAUCCUAGCUGCUUGUGCUGAGUCUGGUUUGCUGACACUUGGGAAAAGAGUUCGUUCCUCAAUUGUGGCAACAGGUUUUAGAUGUAGCGUCGCAGUGAAUAAUGCAUUGAUUGAUAUGUAUGCCAAGUGCGGAUGUGCAGAAAAAGCAUUAGUUGUAUUCCAGGGGAUGUCUGAAAGAGAUUUAGUUUCGUGGAACACCAUUAUCCAAGGUUUAGCUAUGCAUGGAGAUGGAGUGACAGCACUCAAGCUUUACUCAAGGAUGAAACAAAGUGGUUUUCGACCUGAUAAAUUCACUUUCAUUGGUAUCUUAUGUGCUUGCACUCACAUGGGUUAUGUUGACAAGGGUCUUGAUUAUUUUUAUUCUAUGGAAAGGGAUUAUGAAAUUGUCCCCCAAAUAGAGCAUUAUGGCUGCUUGAUUGAUCUAUUAGGUCGGGGUGGGCGUUUAAAGGAAGCUUUGGAGGUUGUGCAGAACAUGCCAAUGGAACCAAAUGCCGUCAUUUGGGGUACGCUCUUGGGAGCAUGCCGGUUGCAUUACCCUGUGGAAAUUGCACAGGAGGUUUUGAAGCAUUUGGUCAAAGUUGAUCCAACAGAAGCUGGAAAUUUUUCUAUGUUGUCUAAUAUAUAUGCUGCUGCAGGGGAUUGGGGUAAUGUUGCAAAUGUCAGACGAACUAUGAAGAAUAUAGGAGUGCAAAAACCUUCUGGGGCUAGUACUCUUGACCUGGAUGGUGAGGUUCAUGAAUUUACAGUCUUUGACAAUUCUCACCCAAAUUCAGAAGGUAUAUAUCAGAUGAUCCAUUUAUUACGCCCACAACUUAAGGAAUCUGGCUGUGCCCCGAGGACAAAAUAUGGUUAAAUAACCAUCUAGCCACUGGCUUCAUAGUUGUUUGUACUAUGGUGGUAGACUGGUAGGGUACCGUGCAUGAGGUCGAAGUUUUGCUUAACUGUGGAGCAGAUGAUAUACUGCUCUUAUGGUGUUUUCCCAUAAUGGUGUUUCUGAUAAUGAUCUGUUUUUCAUCCCUCAAAGUAAAGGGAUGGCUACCUUACUUCUGUACAGAAGUUAAUUAAUACAAGUAUAUAAUUAUGGUCUCCCAAGUUUCUGAUGACAAGUAAAUCUGGAAGUAAUACUGGAGAUGGGAUGAAAUUGUCACUUACAUCCGUAGUAUGUGCCUGUGUCGUGAUCUAAGCACGUAGAAUGGUCGAUAGUUAUUAAUAGAUGUACAGUCGUUUUUUCUCUCCACAACGGCCCCCUCUGUAUCUAUAGAACAAUAACUUUGCCAGAAAGAGUAAUAAAAAAGACUGAUUACAGAUUUACAGGGAAGUAUGCUGUGCAUCACACUAGCGUUCCAAGUACUCCGUCAUUGAAUAUUGUACAGAGUAAC